CAUCAAAACCCUAACAACUCAGAACCCAAGACCCUACCUUUUUCCUUCGUUACAUCGCAAAAGAUGGCCCUUUUCAAACCGGCCUUCCUCAAUCACCUCAAAAUCCUCGCCCAUCCCCGCCACCGUUCUCCGCCCUCUUUCAUUGCUCUCCGCUGCCUCUCAUUUAGCACCCCAGAAGAAGCCGCCGCCGAACGCCGCCGCCGCAAGCGUCGACUCCGAGUCGAACCGCCACUCUCGUUUGCCCAGCGCUCUCAACAACAGGCUCAGCAGGUGGCUCCACCGAAACCGAUCCAAAACCCGAACGCCCCUAAAGUUCCCGAACCCGUCACUGCGCUAACCGGCAACCGCCUCAACCUCCACAACAAGAUCUUGAAGCUCAUCCGUGAAAACGACCUCGAUGAGGCCGCUCUAUACACGCGCCACUCCGUUUAUUCCAAUUGCCGCCCCACGAUUUACACUGUCAACGCCGUAUUAAACGCCCAGCUACGCCAAUCGAAAUACGCCGAUCUCCUCUCCCUGCAUCGGUUCAUAACCCUAGCUGGAAUUGCCCCAAAUGUGAUCACACACAAUCUUAUCUUCCAAACUUACCUCGACUGCAAAAAACCCGAUACUGCCCUCGAACAUUACAAGCAGUUCAUCAAUGAGUCCCCUGUGAAUCCUUCUCCUACUACUUACAGGAUUUUAGUGAAAGGGCUUGUGGAUAAUGGGAAAUUCGAGAAGGCUUUGGAAAUGAAGGAGGAAAUGGCGGAGAAAGGUUUGGCUCCUGACCCUAUCGUUUAUAGUUUCUUAAUGUUUGGUUCUGCCAAGAACGGUGAUUCAGAUGGGAUUUUUAAGCUUUUUGAGGAAUUAAAAGAGAAAAAAGAUGGGGUUUUGGAAGAUGGGGUCGUUUAUGGGAGUUUAAUGAACGGGUAUUUCAUGAAGGGAAUGGAGAAAGAAGCUAUGGAGUGUUAUGAACAAGCUUGUGGAGAGAAUUCAAGGGUUAAAAUGAGUGCUGUUGCUUAUAAUUAUGUUCUGGAUGCAUUAAGUAAGAAUGGUAAAUUCGAUGAGGCUUUAAGGUUGUUUGAUAGGAUGAAAAAUGAGCAUAGCCCUCCUAGGAGGUUAGCUGUGAAUUUGGGGAGCUUUAAUGUGAUUGUCGAUGGAUAUUGCGCUGAAGGUAAGUUUAAGGAAGCCAUUGAUGUUUUCAAGUCAAUGCGCGAUUAUAGGUGUAGUCCGGAUACUUUGUCGUUUAACAAUUUGAUUGAUCAAUUAUGUCGAAAUGGAUUGUUGUGUGAAGCUGAGGAACUAUAUGGUGGAAUGGGAGAUGAAGGGAUUAGCCCUGAUGAGUAUACUUAUGUUUUGCUGAUGGAUGCUUGUUUUAAAAUGGGUAGAAUCGAUGAUGGGGCUUCAUAUUUUAGGAAGAUGGUGGAGGCAGGUUUGAGGCCGAACUUGGCUGUUUAUAAUAGAUUGGUUGAUGAAUUGGUUGAAGUUGGGAAAGUAGACGAGGCAAAAACGUUUUACGAUACUAUGGUGAAGAAGCUUAAGAUGGAUGAUUCGAGCUAUAAGUUUAUAAUGAAAGCACUUAGUGAUGUGGGGAAGUUCGAUGAUGUGCUGAAAAUGGUUGAUGAGAUGUUGGAUGAGGAAAGCUCUGAUUUCACUGAGGAGUUGCAAGAAUAUGUUAAAGAGUUGUUAAGAAAUGUAGGGAGAGAAGAUGAGUUAACAAAGCUUAUGGAGGAGAAAGAGAGAAUUAAAGCCGAAGCUAAAGCUCGAGAAAUUGAAGCUGCAGAAGCAGCCAAGAGAAGUGCAAAAGCGGCUGUCUCAUCUAUUCUUCCAUCUAAGUUAUUUGGGAAGAAAGAAGAUGAAUCUGACUCAACCGUGGCAAAUGAAAGCGGUAAAGUGCCGGAUGAAGAUGAGAGUGAAGGGUCUAUUGAGGAAGCUACCGUUAUGGAGUCAGUUUCAGAUUCAAAUCCUGUUGAUGCAAAGCAACCAUUCUGAUAGCAGGAAGUAGCUCCGUUGUUUUGAAGGAUAAGGUAAGAUCUUAUAUGUUCAUUUACGGACUCAAUUUUAUCAGCUUGUCUAUCUGUAAUUAGGGGAUUAAAGAAAAUUGGGUUCUAGAGUCACUCUGAUUUCUAAAUAUUGAUGGCAAUACUGGUUCAAUAAUUAUUGUUAGAAAGAUCAGAGAGAAGCAAUUGAGACUUGUCAUUCAAAAUUAUAUGAUGAUAUGAAUGUAAUGAAUGAUUAUGAGGGAUUUGCAGAUCAA